AAGGGUCAGUCUGCUGCUGUAUCUUGUUUCAGAGCUUCCCAGCGACAUUAUUGCUUACAAUAUGCCGAUAGUCUACCCUCCGGGCGAGGGUAAUCAGAUUUCUUUCUUACGAAAACGAAUCGGCCCGGGCUGAACCCUAGUGUCUAGGAUACACGGUUUGCCGAGUUGGUUUCCAUCCGUCGGGACUUAAAGCUUCCCGGCAUCAGGAGCUCACAACAUGAACAAAACCACCAUCUACAAACUAUCUCAAGCCAGGCAAACAAAUAUCUCUCGAGGAACAACAUCAUGGCUGGCCACGAAGACGUUGAGUUCAAGACCAUCGAUGGACUCACCCUCCGGGGCUGGCUUUACCCUGCGGCAAAGAGGGGAGCCGCCAUCAUCGCAACUCCUGGGUUCAACUUCACCAAAGAGACCAUGGUCGCAGAAGUUGCGGAGUACUUCCAGCGCUAUGAUUUCACCGUGCUCAUCUACGAUCCGCGCUCCAUCGGGUUGAGCGACGGCGCGCCGCGCAACGAGAUCCAUCCCUCGCUAAACGUCGAGGACUAUCAUGAUGCUUUGACUUUCCUCAAAGGUCAUCCGCUGGUAGACCCGAAGCGCAUCGCCUACUGGGGCUUCUCGUACAGCGGCAUGCUCGCGCUGGUGGCGGCAGCCCUGGACAAACGAGCAAAGGCAGUCGUGGCCAUGUGCCCUCUGACAAUCUGGGAGUUUCCGCAGGACAAGUGGCCGCGUGUCCUGGCCAAGGCUUUGCGGGACCGCGAGUCGCGCGCGGCGGGCAAUAAGCCCGUCUACAUCCCCAUGUUGACCGCCGAGGGGGAGAAUCCGGCAGGUUUUGGCAAAGGCUUCGACGUGGAGGGAUUCAAGAUGAUGGCUGGGGCCAAGGAGCUGCAACCAACCUUUGAAUUGGAGACGACGUUAGGCAGCUAUUACCACAUAGCCGCCUUCCAGCCCAUGGGGCUCAUUCCUUACGUCUCGCCCACUCCAGUAAUGGUGGUCACGCCAGAGCAUGAUGCGGUCUCGCCGGCGGAACUCCAACGGACCGAGAUCUACGAACGACUCAAGGAGCCCAAACGACACUUGAUAGUCCCGGGUAGAGGUCACAUGGAUGUGCUGAGUGGCGAUGAUUUUGCGAAGGUGCUGGAUGCCCAGGUUGCCUUCCUGCGCGAGAUCCUAGGGGUCUAGCCUAUUCUCCCUCCAUUUUCUACUAGUUCUAGAUUCCUGUCAGCUUCGAGCUGUUGGCCACGAUGGAGAGCGAUAGAACACCUAGGUACUGUGGUAUUAUGGAUUUACCU